GUCUUCAAGCUCUGAAAUUGGCCAGCAAAAAAUGCCUGCGCACGAGCAUACUUUAUUACUUCCGCCAUGAUAGGACUCUAGUGUUUCUAGUUCUACGGAGAUGUGCUAAAUUCUACCAAAUAGUACCGGCUCGCGAAUUCCGGGAAAUCCGGGAUAAGGAGCGUGCGAUUAAUCGUUACCGGAAAUAAAGUUCGCGAAAGGAGGAUGCUGUUGAACAAAGUAAUGCUAUUGUUUCACGGAAGGACUGUUCUUAGGAAGACAAACACGAUAUCCAAGCCGUUUCUUCGGUCGACGAUCACUACACCGUCCGGAGCGAUCCUGCCUGAACCGAAGAGAACGCCGUUCAGUUUCCUGGGUGUCGUCAGCAGUGUGAUAUUCGGUCUGUUAGUUGGUGCCACGAUCAGUAAGAACAUUGCCAACUUCCUGGAAGAGAAUGAUCUUUUCGUUCCCUCCGACGACGACGAUGACGAUGACGACGACUAGCGACCAGCUGGUUUUAUUCCAUUGUGAUUGUUGAAAAUACUUAGCUGAUUAGACGCGCUCUUGAUGCUUUUAAAGAUUCAAGUUAGACAUUGCAGUGAUACGAGACCAACAAUUGCAUAUGAAACAGAGGAAGAGAAAUCUCUUCGUUUACAUUACUUAGUGUAAAAUAGGAGAGAAUCGCAUCACAGAGAGAAUCUUGUUGGACUUAAAGGUGGAAAUACGCGAGA